AUCACAAGGCAAUUAUGCACUCAGCUAUUAAUUAUAAAUCUGACAUACUCAUGCUUCAGGCCUAAUAUAAUAUUUACGCUAUAUGUUUACCUCAGUUUAUACUUCUACUACACUACAUUCAAGGGGGAAAUAUUUCAACUUUUAUUUAGUAGCCACGUAGGCCUGAAAACUCAUUGAAGAACUCCAACGACAUUGAGGCUCUAACAUGUAGCCUGAUAAUUUGUUUGUACAUUGGCUCAGGUAGCAUUUUGAAUUCUUUGCUUUGUUUUUAACUUGUAAUGAAGUAUUUUUGAUGGCGCUUUUACCACCGCUGCUAGUUUGCACCUGGGGGUGACGGCGGCAGGUGAGUGGGAUCUCGAGGAGCUUCCGCUCAGCUGUAAAAACACAACAGCAGAGGGAGCAGGGAGUCCGCUUUAUCCCACCAUCCUGUCACAGCAAUUACCAUCAGCCCUGGUCAUGUGACUGACAGACUCCCCUGGCGAGUUUUUUUUCUCCCCAUCUCCCACAGUCAUGGCGGUAUUAGGGAGUCGCGAAGAUGGAGUAAACACCGCCGCCAGUGCACGUUGAUUUCAUUCCUCAGCUUCAUGGUGGACUAUACCCGCCGUCAUCCGAGAUAUCGCAAACAUUCCGCAGGCUGCUCUGCUCCCAGCGAUGGCCGACCGCGGCGUUGAUGUGUCGGCUCUGCCUAAAGAGGUCAGGGACCAGCUGGCGGAGUUGGAUCUGGAGCUAUCCGAAGGUGACAUUACACAGAAGGGCUACGAGAAGAAAAGGACCAAACUUCUGGCUCCCUACUUCAUCCACACUCCAGUGGAGCCGCCCCGUCGGAAUGAUGCACAGCCUGCCGCUCCCAGUUCCUCCUCCAGCCACGCCCCUCCUCCAUCCAGCUCAUCGCGGUACCGAGAACGUCGCUCCCGCAGAACACAUCGCAGUGGAGGAACCAGGGAUGACCGAUACAGAUCAGAUAUCCAUACUGAAGCAGUACAAGCUGCCCUGGCAAAACAUAAAGAGGAGAAGAUGGCACUGCCCAUGCCCACCAAGAGACGCUCCACUUAUGUGCAAUCUCCCAUCGAAACCCGCACACCGCCAGACUCCUCAUCAGGUUCUGAAGAUGAGACGUCUGUGGCCAGGCAGUCAUCAGUGGGCGCACCUCCACCUCUUGUGAAUCCAAACCUUCAAAGCCCGGACUCUUGGAUAAACCGCACCGUCCAGGGCUCCUCCACAUCCUCCUCGGCCUCCUCCACCCUGUCUCAUGGAGAGGCCAAGCCACAGCCUCAGAGCCAGCCUCAACCUCAGCAUCAGCAUCAGCCACAACCUCAACCCCAGUAUAAGCCGCAGUACCAACCUCUGUAUCAGCCUCACCACCAACUGCAGUACCAACAGCAGGAGCAGCCCCACACUGCAGCUGUGACCAACUUGCUGGCUCAGAGUCGCAUUGCCCCCUCUGAGAACAGUGCCCCUCCUCCGGAUGUCACAGCUGUGGCUCCUCCAUCCAGAGGACCGCGGGUGGACCUGCCCUCCAACGCCGUGGUUAGAGGGAUGAGCCGCGGACAGAGCCGCUCGAGCAUGAUGGAGACUGCGGACGGAAGAGGUAAUAUCCAGAGAGUUCCUGUGAGCAGCAGAGUGUCCACGAAGAUCCAGCAGCUGCUCAACACCCUUAAGAGGCCCAAAAGGCCCCCGCUCAGCGAGUUCUUCACUGACGACUCAGAGGAGAUUGUAGAAGUGCCCCAGCCAGACCCCAACACACCAAAGCCAGAGGGUCGUCAGAUCAUUCCAGUUAAAGGGGAGCCUUUGGGAGUGGUCAGUAACUGGCCUCCAGCCCUGCAGGCAGCACUAGCCCGUUGGGGGGCCACACAGGGGAAGAGCCCUGCGCUCACUGCUCUUGACAUCACAGGGAAACCGCUCUACACACUGACUUAUGGGAAGCUGUGGAGUCGCAGUGUGAAGCUGGCGUUCACCCUUCUGAACAAACUGGGUGCCAAGAAUGAACAAAUCCUCAAACCUGGGGACCGGGUGGCAUUGGUGUACCCCAACAGUGACCCUGGGAUGUUCUGGGUGGCCUUUUAUGGCUGCCUCCUGGCUGAAGUUAUACCUGUGCCUAUUGAAGUACCACUGUCUCGCAAGGAUGCAGGUAUCAGUCAGGUGGGGUUUCUGCUGGGUAGCUGCGGUGUUGGUCUGGCUCUAACCAGUGAGAUCUGUUUAAAGGGUUUGCCCAAGACACCCACUGGAGAAAUAAUGCAGUUUAAAGGCUGGCCUCGACUGAAGUGGGUGGUGACAGACUCAAAAUACCUGACCAAGCCUUCCAAAGACUGGCAGCCGCACAUCCCCACUGCCAACACUGAUCCUGCAUAUAUAGAGUACAAGGCGAGUAAAGAGGGCACAGUGGUGGGUGUGGCUGUCUCUAAAGUAGCCAUGUUGACCCACUGCCAAGCACUGACCCAGGCCUGCAACUACUGUGAAGGGGAAACUUUAGUUAAUGUCCUGGACUUCAAAAAGGAUAUGGGCCUGUGGCAUGGAGUUCUCACGGCUGUGAUGAACAGGAUACACACUAUCAGUGUUCCUUAUGCAGUAAUGAAGGCUUGUCCUCUCUCCUGGGUCCAGAGGGUCCACAUCCACAAAGCUCGGGUAGCUUUGGUGAAAUGCCGUGAUUUACACUGGGCCAUGAUGGCUCAUCGGGACCAGAGAGACACCAGUCUGGCUUCAUUACGUAUGCUCAUUGUUGCAGAUGGUGCUAACCCCUGGUCGGUGUCUUCCUGUGAUGCCUUCCUAAAUGUGUUCCAGUCCCACGGGCUGAAACCUGAGGUUAUCUGUCCCUGUGCCACCUCUCCUGAGGCCAUGACAGUAGCUAUACGCAGACCGGGUGUCCCUGGUGCACCCCUCCCCGCCCGUGCUAUACUUUCCAUGGGCGGCCUGAGCCACGGUGUCAUCAGGGUCAACACUGAGGACAAGAACUCUGCCCUGACUGUACAAGAUGUGGGACAUGUCAUGCCUGGAGCUCUGAUGUGCAUUGUCAAGCCAGAUGGGCCUCCUCAGUUGUGUAAAACAGAUGAAAUAGGGGAGAUAAUCGUAAACUCCCGUGCUGGAGGCAACAUGUACUAUGGCCUGCCUGGAGUCACCAAAAACACCUUUGAGGUGAUUCCGGUUAAUGCUAACGGAGUUCCCAUUGGAGAGAUUCCAUUUGUGCGGUCAGGACUCUUGGGGUUUGUUGGCCCAGGUAGUCUGAUCUUUGUGGUGGGGAAGAUUGAGGGUCUGCUGAUGGUGAGCGGGCGGAGACACAACGCUGAUGACCUGGUGGCCACUGCUCUUGCCGUGGAGCCAGUUAAGACCGUGUACCGCGGAAGGAUCGCUGUGUUUUCAGUCACGGUGUUCUAUGAUGAAAGGGUUGUGAUUGUGGCAGAGCAGAGGCCAGAUGCCAGCGAGGAGGACAGCUUCCAGUGGAUGAGCCGGGUGCUUCAGGCCAUUGACAGCAUCCAUCAGGUGGGCCUGUACUGUCUGGCUCUGGUCCCAGCCAACACCUUACCCAAAACACCCCUGGGUGGCAUCCAUAUCUCUGACACCAAGCAGUUCUUUUUAGACGGCAACCUGCACCCCUGCAACAUCCUAAUGUGUCCUCAUACGUGUGUCACCAACUUGCCCAAGCCUCGCCAGAAGCAGCCGGUUGGUGUAGGUCCAGCAUCCGUCAUGGUGGGUAACCUGGUGGCAGGGAAGAGGAUUGCCCAGGCUGCAGGCAGGGACCUCGGCAUGAUCGAAGACCAGGAUCUCGUCCGGAAGCUCUGUAUGUGGCCUACUGUGAUGCAUCAGUACUUGACAGAGGCUCUACACUGGAGGGCGCAGACAGACCCGGACCACGUCCUCUUUGUUCUCCUUAAUGCCAAGGGCGUAGCAGUGAGCACAGCGACCUGUGUGCAGCUUCACAAGCGGGCGGAGAAGAUAGCUGCAGCGCUGACUGAGAAAAGCAGCAUCAACACUGGGGAGAACGUAGUCCUGCUCUAUCCUCCUGGCAUUGAUUUGAUAGCUGCCUUCUAUGGUUGUCUCUACGCUGGAUGUGUUCCCGUAAACGUCAGACCGCCGCACCCUCAGAACCUUGCAGCCACGCUGCCGACUGUCCGCAUGAUUAUUGAUGUCAGUAAAGCCGCGUGCAUCCUAACCACUCAACAUCUCAUGAGGACUCUGCGCUCCAAAGAGGCUGCUGCCUCUGUGAACAUUAAAACAUGGCCCACGAUCAUUGACACAGAUGACCUUCCUCGUCGCAAGCCUCCACAGAUCUAUAAGCCACCCACUGCAGAGAUGAUUGCUUAUCUGGACUUUAGUGUGUCCACUACAGGCAUGCUUACUGGGGUAAAGAUUUCCCAUGCGGCGGUCAGUGCACUUUGUCGCUCCAUAAAGCUGCAGUGUGAACUGUACUCCUCUCGCCAAAUAGCCAUCUGCCUGGAUCCAUACUGUGGUCUGGGCUUUGUCUUGUGGUGCCUCGCAAGCGUUUACUCAGGUCACCAGUCCAUCCUGAUUCCUCCCUUCGAGUUGGAGAGCUGUUUGUCCCUGUGGCUGAGCACGCUCAGUCAGUACCGUAUCAGAGACACCUUCUGCUCCUACUCUGUCAUGGAGCUGUGCACUAAAGGACUAGGUACUCAGACUGAAUUACUCAAGGCCCGUGGAGUGAACCUGUCGUGUGUGCGGAGCUGCGUGGUGAUAGCAGAGGAGCGGCCUCGCCUCGCCCUCACACACUCCUUCUCCAAGCUGUUUAAGGACGUGGGGCUGUCGUCCAGAGCUGUCAGCACUGCCUUUGGUUCCAGGGUUAACCUGGCCAUCUGCCUGCAGGGCACCACUGGUCCUGAUCCCUGUACGGUUUACGUGGAUAUGAAGUCCCUCCGCCAUGACAGAGUGAGGCUGGUGGAGAGAGGAGCACCUCAGAGUCUUCCUCUGAUGGAGUCUGGCAAGAUACUGCCAGGUGUUCGGGUGAUAAUCGUAAAUCCAGAGACAAGAGGUCCACUGGGGGACUCUCAUCUUGGAGAGAUCUGGGUGAACAGCCCUCACAGUGCCAGUGGCUACUACACCAUCUAUGGAGAGGAAAAUCUCCAGGCCAACCACUUCAACACCAAGCUCAGCUUUGGAGACCCACUGACUUUAUGGGCCAGAACAGGAUACUUGGGUUUUGUGAAGAGGACUGAGCUGCUGGAUGCUAGUGGGGAUCGUCACGACGCUCUCUUUGUGGUGGGAUCGCUGGAUGAGACCUUGGAGCUAAGAGGGCUGCGCUACCACCCAAUUGACAUUGAAACCUCAGUGUCCCGGGCUCACCGCAGUAUUGCUGAGAGUGCUGUGUUUACGUGGACCAACCUGCUGGUGGUGGUGUCGGAGCUGUGUGGUUCAGAGCAGGAUGCGCUGGACCUGGUGCCUCUGAUAACCAAUGUUGUCCUAGAGGAGCACCACAUCAUCGUGGGUGUGGUGGUCAUCGUGGACCCCGGCGUUAUACCCAUCAACUCCAGGGGAGAGAAGCAGCGCAUGCACCUUCGCGACUCGUUCCUCGCCGACCAGCUGGAUCCCAUUUAUGUCGCUUACAACAUGUGAGGGGUUGUGGCAUUCUGGGCUCGUUCAUCCCCAGUCCACAGUGUAGGAUCCCCACAUACAGAUAGUGAAAAGGAAAAAGCAUGAACCACAUGUACCGCCACCCAGCACUGUGUGACACCAGCAUAUCUUGGCCACUGCAUGUGUGUGACUGGACUUGCCAUGUUUGGAGUUGCUCACUGUGUUUUAUAGAUAGAAUUUUGCAAAUGGGACAGAAGCAACAUGUGUGUUGUGCUUCAUAUGGCAAAGAGGGAAAAAAAAUCCCCUGCUGCACUUUUUUUUGUGGAAAGGGCAAAACAAUACAUACAGCAAGACCACUUUGGAAAUUAGUUCUGUAUUAAUGUCUUUGUGAAAAUUCAUCUUCUUAUUCUGUACCUACCUACCACAAACCUCUUAAAACACUUUCCCUUGUGUGUCUACACAGAUUCUAGGAGCUACUAAACUUGGAUCAGCAACUUAAAAUACUUUUACAUGCAGCUUUCAAACAAACUCACAGAAAUGCAAUUGCAGGGCAGAAGAAAACAAACCAUUAAAGGAGUAGCCCAUCUCAGUCUGUGUGCAUUAUUUAGAAAGUUUAUUUUGUCCCAUAAUGAUGAAGCCAAAUAGAUGUUUCUGCCCUAAUUAUAUUUCCUGCCUUAUAAAACUUCAGCCAUACAUUCCUAUCUUAAUUUUUAAUGAAUCUGUUAUUAAUGGCUGUUUAUUCUCCUCUGAUUAGAGUAGGAUCCAAACCAUGACAGAUAUUUAAAUGAAUCAAAAGAGGAAAGAGGCCAUAUUCUGUACUGUACUUGUAAAGGCCUGUGGUAUUUUGGAUACUUAAUGCUAUUGUAUAGAUAUUUUUAAUUGUAUAAAUGUAUAAAUGCUUGACUUGCCUCUCUUAGUUGAUGGUUUCUGGAUAGCGAAUCCAGCUGGGAGAUGAUAACAGUAGCAUAAAGAAGACUGUAAAUAAGAUUUAACAGUUUUGACAGUACUUUCGAAUAUUAGUUGUGUAAUGGAGGGUAAUUAUGAAUCACUUUAAAGGAUUAUUAGUCAGGAUAGAUAUAACAUUGCACUUUCUCAAAAAAUUGUCUAUUUUAUUAUAACGAUGAGGCAUUAUAACUAAUGGUUCAGGAGCAAAUAUUAUUCUAAGGAUUCUGGCUGGAAGAGCUUUGAGAGUUUACCAGGGAGGGCUAUCGCUGUUAACGCCAGGGACCUUUCCUGUCGCUGCAUCGGGGGAAAAAAAUGGUGUAAUUAGAAGGCUAAAACCAAUAUCAUGACUGUUUUCAGGCUACCAGGUUAUUUUGUAAAAAUGUAAAAGAUAGAUCCACUACUGUUCAUCUAAUAUUCAUUGCCAUAGUACUUUGUAUUGCUAAACAGUCAGCCCCCUCCCCUCAGUUUUGUACUGCGACUAUUCCUUUUCCUCCUCACACUCGAAGUUCAUUCGAACUUUGUUUUGUCUUUGUGAUACGUUGUAAAGAAUUGCUUUGAAUUUCAGCAGGAUUGUUAUUGGUACUGUAAGUCUGUUGUCAAUAGAAGCAAGUCACCAUGUAUCUGGAUUAUUUUGUGUUUAGUCACUGGAUGUAUAAGCACUUGUGAAUGCAGUUGCAAAGCUGAGCCACAUCUGAAACAUCCUUGAUUGGCAAGUACAGUAAUUGUAUGAAAAAGAAAAGGGUAAAAAAUAUAUAUAUAUAUAUUUGCAUCAAGAUGUAUUUGCAAAAUGUAUUUGGUUUCCUCCUAUCUUGUGCGAUUCUUGUGCUUUUUGCCAUAAUUUAUCGAUUCUUUGUACUGGAUUAUACUGUAUUUCAGUGAUGAAUCCUUAAUGUCAGCAUGUAAAUAGGUUUUUAUUUUAUGACUUUUGCAAUUCUCCCAUUAUAACAUGCAAUCAAACACACAACAUUAGAAAGAUGUUUAAUCCUUUCAAGGUUAACAGGAAUUUGCUUCAUUGAAUUACUUCACAUUGCGCAGGUGGUAUCUGCAAUAGGUUUCGAAUGCGCGGACUGAUUUCAACUAUCACCACUUUCUCUUAAAUGUGCUAAUAAUUUUUAAAAAUAUCUAUAAUGCUUGACAUUUUAUUUUGCCCAGUUUUAAGCUGAACUUAAAAAAGACUAACAGCACUUCAUCUUAGUUUUAACAUUGUAUCCUACAUUUGCAGCAAAGUUUGCAAAGUUUGACUCGGCCAAGCACAAGAAGAAAUCAGCUUGAGGAACAUCUCAUUUCCAGUCACAGAUGGAGGAGAUAUAUAUGUAUGUAACUGUGUAUUCAGGGAAUAAAACUCAUCACACAGGGAUGGACCAGGUGGUCCCUUGGUGCAAUCUGUGAAUAAUACCCAUAAAAUGUAGACAUUUGUCAAAACAGUUCCUGUAAUUAAGGCAGACUUUGCAAACCUAAUCAGCAAAAAGAGGGGUUAUUGACAGCUAGUGUCCACUUACCAUCUACCUGCUUUGCUGGGAAGUUUACGAGGGCUUCCUUUGGUUUCCGCUCUUACACACUAUGCAAUUUAAUUGACAGUGCAAUUUAAUUUCAAACCUUGCACAGUCUGGUGAAAUAUAUACGCUUAUACAUUUUUGUAAUAACUAACAACAGAGGACUGAUUAAAUUGAACCAUUAGUGUACUUAAGGUUGCAUUAAUCUCUCUUGAGUUGUUCUUUCAAUAUUUUGUGUAUGCACUCUUGGUAUAUUGUAUAUUAAUUAUUUGGUGAACUCUAAACUGCUCCAUGAGGGUGUGAUCCACUGAAAAAUCUUUAAUGUUUUAACUCAUAUAAGUAAGAAAUUGAGGUGGUACACCCCUUCCCAUUUUUCUCAUUUAUUUUCUAACUUGGUUUGUUGUACUUUGUUUUAUACUUUAUGUAAAAGUAAUACAUAAUAAACAAAAGCAUUUAAUCAUU